CGCGUAUCCUUAGGACUGCUCUUCAUCAGUUUCCACGAAAUGAUUUAGGAUUUCAUCCAAAUAUUGCUAUAAUCAACUGCCUUGGCAGUACGCGGUUACCUAAAGUUGUAAGCUCAUACGCUGUGUCAAAGUAGAUUAUUUGGGCCAUGGGAGGCAAAUGGAAUCUGGUGAAGCCUAAGGGUCUGGCGCCGGCGCCCAGGGGUGCGCACGCAAGCGUCGCUUUUGGAACCAAGGUUCUAGUCUUCGGCGGGGCAGACCGCGCGCCUGUAACAUUCAACGACUUAUGGGUUCUUGAUACAGCUGAUGGAAAGUACGAGUGGACACGCAUUUCGCCGGCUCUUGCCCCUGGGUGCAAACUGCUGCCCAGGUCGGGUGCGACGCUGACAGUCGUGGGCGAUCGCGUCUUCCUGUUUGGAGGGACGGAACCCGUCAGCGGGCUGUGCUACAACGAGCUGAAGGUCCUGGACCCGGCAACAUGGACCUGGUCUAACGUUGAGGCCCAAGGGACACUUCCGCCACCGCGUCAUUCGCAUUGCAGCGGAUGCCUGGCGGAUACGUGUUUGAUCGUGUACGGCGGCGCGGGCUACCAGGGCCCCAUGCAGGACGUGUGGUUUUACAACACGCUGCAAAACAGCUGGAGCCGGCCGGUGGUUUCGGGGCAGCAUCCGGCGGCACGGGAGAUGCACACGGGGUGCAUGGUGGACCCCACCACGCUCCUGGUGUACGGCGGGAGAGGAGCGGAAUUCAAGGUUCUAUGCGACGCGGCUCUGUUUGACGCCAAGCAAAUGAAGUGGACGGCCAUCGAGCCGACGCCCUUCUCCCGCUGCGCACACAGCUGCGUGGUGCUGCCGGCUGCUGCUCCAGGUUCAGGAACAGCGGCGUCGGCGCAACAGACAACAAUGUCCUCAGAGGGCGCACAGCCCACCCGCGGUGGCGACGAACAGCAGAAAGGGCAGCAGCCGCAUCCCCAUGCAGACCAGCAAGAGGCAGAUGGGACCUCCCAGGCCGCCGAGGGAGCUGUCGCGCCGGUCGAUAGCAGCGUUGACACCCGCCAUGCGACCGGACGAGCAGACGGCAACACUCCCACCACCACCACCACCAGCAGCUGCUGCGGCGGUGGCAGCAGCAGCGGUUCCAGCAGCCGUGUCCUCAUAUAUGGCGGCUACAGUGGGGAGGCGGUAGAAGGCGAUGUACUGCAAAUCGACUGCCGUACACUUGAAAUCGAGUUGGUACGUCGAGGUCCGCGGGAGUCGGACAAGGGCGGAACGGUGCCCUCGGUUCGCUUCGCUCAUAGCGCAGUGGUGGUGCCGACGGCGGGAGGGAAGGGCGCUGGCGGCGCAGGAGGAGGAGGAGGAGGUGGUGGCGGGUGGGCCAUGGUGGUGUUUGGCGGAGUGAAUCCCAAGGAGGAUUUAAAUGAUGUGGCGGUGUGGGUGCAGGAGGAGCAGACGUAGGGGGCUGUGGUCGCCGCGGGCAUGGAUGGAAGAGAGUUGUAAACUUAUAAUGGAAGGGUGAAGAAGGAUAAGCUGCGGUUACUAUUUAGAGUAUUGCUAUGCGCUAUAGAGGAAGGCGGGCACGGCUAGGUCUGGUGUAUAUGACGUAAGGUGGGAGACUGGGAGUGUGGAGGCAUAGAAGCAGAAAAGGUGCAUAGCGGUAAGGAUUGUAGAUGGCAGGCUUUCCUAAGGCAUCGAAAAGGCAUGCAUGUCCUACCCCGGUGGGCGACAUGUGGGUGAGGACGAGACAGCUGUACUAAUGUGUCGUAUAAUGUGAUAAGGGUUUCAGCAGCUGCUGUGGGCUAGCUGUGCGUAUGAUAAGCCUAGCCAAUGUGCAGAACGUGUCAGGUGCAGAUUUCCAAACGCAGGCACAAGAAACGUUUAUUCAGAAACAGGAAGGUUGUCAGGAUGAUAGUGCGUGUGACAAAACACGCAAGCUUUUAGGAUUGCGGAUUGCAGCAGAGACGUGAGCGUCGUCUUGAUUUACAACAGUCGCCGGA